GGUGAGCGGGCGAAUGAGAUUGGCUUCGGGCGGCUGACAUGGGCUCUGUAAGUUAAUAAAUCGGAAAUCGUCAUCUCGAUUCAGACCGUUAAGAACCAUUGCCAUUGGCAGCCUCACAUGAUAUUCUUAUAACGUAUGUGCAGGGCUGACAGUGCGUGCCAACCACCUUCCUCCGGACUCUCACAUCAAGCUCAGUUCUCAAGCAUUCCUCCAUGCACGACUCCAACCCAUCACCGGCCUCCAACGACGACAAGCUGUCUGCAAACUUCUUCAACGUCCUCACCACCGCAUGCAUUCUAGAGGAGCAAGUAAAGGACCUCGAAGCGCGAUGCGACGACGCAGAAGCCCGCUGCGCAUUCAAGAAGCGGAAGAUCAACGCUUUGGAGAACCAGCUCCACGAUUUAGUCUUCUCUAGCGCAUUCCUGGGCGCGGACGACGACGACGACCCAGACGUUUUCUCAAGCGGUCAUCGAGGCGAUUCGUCUCCGCGUUUACACGGCCUCUUCGACGUCCACGGUCCCGGCCGAGUCAACCUCUACGGCGUCCAGUCUUCCCUGGAUUUCAGCUCCCCGAGCAUCUACAGCGACUCGGACGCGGGCUCGCCGCGAGCGGCUAAAAUGAGCACCAUACGUCUCGCCAUGGACCAGGGAACCAAGACGAUCUCGAUACUGGAGAGAAAGAGCGUAGAGUCCGCGAGCACCUCCAUGGCAUCGGCAGACCGAGCCCCGUUCUCGGCAACCCAUCAAUUCCGCGUUCGAAGCUUCCCCCUGCGGGCGCGCGAUCAGGAUAGCCCGCGUGAACAGGUGGUUUUACGAAACAACAAGCCUUCAAAGCAUCUUUCAGAGGCUGCGAAGAACUACAAGCCUCAUAGUCAAGUGCUCGUGGUGCGCAAGCCGUCGAAUCGAAAACGAGCCCCUGAAAAGCCUACGCUGAAGCAGGCACUCGUGACGACGAGCUUCGCUGCCUUUCCGGCCUCCCGUGCGGCGACCCAUGUCAGCAGCACCGAAACGCGUUUACGACGGGGCGGGUCGUGGAGACGAAAAGUCCUCGGACGCACCGACCGCCUGGGGACGAAAGCGACGCUGCCCAAGAGGUUCCUCGCCAAUAUCGCACACGCAGGCUCCCGGUACUCCUUUUCCCUUUCCAAGCAGCAGAAUGGCGACGAGAAUAGGAGGGUGGAUUAG